AUGUCAUACUAUUUCACCAUCCUCUCCCCCACCGACCUACCCAUAUUCAACAUCGCCUUCGGCACCUCCAAAGGCGGCGGAGAUGGCAUCGCCCGAUUCCGCUUCCCAGACACCGCGCAAUACAUGAACCAAUUCAUCAUCCACUCGAGUCUGGACAUUGUCGAGGAGGCUCAAUGGAUGAAUGGCAAUAUGUACCUCAAACACAUCGACACCUACCCACCCGCUUCAGCGUAUAUCUCCGCGUUCCUCACACCCUCCGGAACAAGAUUCCUGCUCCUCCACCAGCCGCCUCAGCUGCCUUCGACGGGGACUGCGGGGUCCGGCUCGUCGCUGCUUGGCUCGUCCUUCUCCGUUGGUGGGGGGAGCUCGUCCCGUGCGUCGAGUAGCUCGAUCGCGGCGAAUCCGACCUCGCCGCAGACGGAGGAGGCGGUGCGGCAGUUCAUGAACGAGGUGUAUGAGAAUUACGUCAAGACGGCCAUGAGUCCGUUUUAUCGGCAGGGGAUGGAGAUCCGGAGUCCGGUGUUUCGGGCGAGGGUCGUGGCUGCGGGGAAGAAGUGGUUGUGA